AUGUCGAUUUCACGAGACUUCGCUCUCCCAGCGGAGCAAGACUCUUCGAUGCAGGACGACAUACAGCCCAGUCGCCAAAGCCAAUCCUCCAAUACCGUUUCCGAAGAAAAGGCCGAGCAACAUGUCCGCUAUAACCUUACUCUCAACACCCAGAACCUCUCUCCACCCCCGGCUGAGCCUGUGCGAGCAGUGCGAUCCGAUACCGAAGUCCAUCGCGAGAUGAAUUUUUCUCCUUCGAUAUUGCGACGCCGACUCACUCGUGUUCCGACGUUCAAGACGAUUGAGGACUACGAUGAGUUUGAUACUACAUUUGGCGAUCGCCCAGGCUGGCAACCCGGUUCUGAGCCUGGCUACGAUCCUAUGCUCCCCGAUGGAGGGCACGCGUCCAUGCCUGCGCUCCAUGCCGCUUGCGAAAUCUCCGUUAUCGACUUUUCGCAAAACGAUAUGGUCAAACGCCACUUCGAUAAUGCGAGUUUCAUCGCCUUCCUGGACCAACCCAAGGAGGAAUGGGCGAGAUGUCGAUGGAUCAACGUCAAUGGGCUUAGUUGGGAUGUCAUUCAGGCCAUUGGCAGCAAAAAGGGCUUGCAUAAGCUGGCUCUGGAGGAUUUAAUGCAAAUACGGAAUCGAACCAAGGCUGACUGGUAUCCAAACCAUGCAUUUAUCGUCAUGACGUUGCAAAAGCUGGUUCAUCUAGUGGACGACGAAGACGACUCGACUGAUACUAGUAGUACCUACUCGUCAAAGACUGCGGGUGCGCUGAGAGGAUCAUUUAGGCAGUUUUGGAAAAGUCGCAAGACGGCAGACCCUGAAAAGAAUUUCGAAAACAAUCUACGAGCUCGAGAAGCAGCAUUGGAUCUACAAGAAACGGGUAUGAUACGAACUCUACAGCGAUACCAUGCUUCUGGAAACGAAGCGCGAACAGAAUUUAUGGAGAGCCACUCCUCCCUUGCGCCUUAUCAGAUGGCUGUUUCAGCAGAGCAGGUCUCUAUCUUUUUGACAUCAGACAACACCGUUAUUUCCUUCUUUGAGGCCUCGGCCGGCGACAUCGAGCGGCCCAUCGUGACUCGUCUCAGCACUCCGGGUACAAUUCUCCGUGAGUCUAACGACGCAUCUCUGUUGUGUCAAGGCAUAAUCGAUGCUAUAAUCGAUCUCGCUAUUCCUUUGACAGCCAUCUAUACGGACAUCAUCGCCGACAUCGAGUUGGACGUUCUUACCGCUCCGAGUAUCAGCCAGAGCAAAAAGCUUUACAUUUGUAUCAGCGAGAUCAACAAGAUGCUCAGUUUCCUGAAUCCAAUCGACAACCUGGUCAAUGUCCUUCGCGAUCACAAAACUUCCAUGACCCACGAGGGCGCCAUGAAGGAACUUGAGAAUCCUUCAUCCGGUGUUAUAGUGACCCCUAUGACGCAUACCUACCUUGGCGAUGUUCUUGAUCACUGUAUCAUGAUCACCGAGGCUCUCCAGCAGCUCAAACAGUCAUCUGAUAACUUGAUCAACCUCAUUUUCAACACCAUUUCAGCUCAUCAAAACGAGUCGAUGAAACAGCUCACCACGGUCACGAUUAUCUUCUUGCCCUUGACAUUCAUCACUGGUUUCUUUGGACAGAACUUUGCCGAGGAGGGGUUUCCAGAGAUCCACCACGGUAUCUGGUAUUUCUGGGCUUGUGCUGUUCCAACUGUUGUGGCUACGAUAUUAAUUCUCAUGAGAGAAAUGAUCUACAACUGGCUCAUUAGGCUCGUGCAGAGAAGGCAUAUUCUCACGCUGAGGAAAAAGAAGAAGAGGUCGAAGCAGCAAAAGUUUAAACUUAAGGUGUGA